CCCUUCAGUCUUGCACAGUUGUAUCGGCUCCUCCCCUUCAAUCUUCAACAGUGGUGUACCGGCUCCUCCCCCUUCAGUGUUGCACAGGUGUACCAAGGCUCCUCCCCUUCAGUCUUGCACAGUGUACCGGCUCCUCCCCUCCAGUCUUGCACAGGUGUACCGGCUCCUCCCCUCCAGUCUUGCACAGCUCCUCCCCUCCAGUCUUGCACAGGUGUACCGGCUCCUCCCCUUCAGUCUUGCACAGGUGUACCGGCUCAAACCUCCCUUCAGUCUUGCACAGGUGUACCGGCCCCUCCCCUCCAGGUCCUGUACAGGUUUGUACCGGCUCCUCCCCUCCAGUCUUGCACAGCUGUACUGGCCUCCUCCCUGUCCUGGCUUCCUCUGAUGGUCAACUGCACACUGGCAGCUUCUCGACAAUGUGCA